GUGAAAGGGAGAGCAAAACAAUAAUAUUACCAUGUUUGUGUUCAGAGCUGAUUUGUUUACAUUUUGUCCAUAUUUCUUUCAGAUGUUUAAAAUUUUAGAAGAAGUACAUAAAAUACAAUUCAUUAUGUGGCUGUAAAGGAAGUGUUUCAGAAUGAUUUUAAAAAGCUUACUGUUUUCAUGCAUAUCAUGUAUCCUAUUGCGUUUUGUUAUAUCGCAAAGACAGCCCAUCUCCACAAGAAAUAACAGACUCCUAAUUAAUACAGAACUUUACAGACACAGAACUAACAUACCAGGUUAUGACGUGGAACCAAUUGCGCCACAAAAUGUUGGAAUAAGCUUUAUCAAUAAAUCAGGACGAAGAGCAAGGAUAUACCAAUCUGACCGUUUUGGAUAUGAAAUUCACUAUAGAUUUUUCCUCCGUCCAAACGAACCAAGAUCGCUUUCAUAUAUUCCAGAUGGGACAUUCUGGGUGGCAUACGAUUUCAUUACGAAUGCAUUACUUCUUAUUAACGGACAACCACGUCUGGAGACAAUACAAAACCCACGUGGUGUGAUGGUGGCAGCAACAAUUCAUAGUAAUUUUUUAAGACCAGAGCCGUUAGGAAACAUGCCUGCUAAACCUCUUUUUAUUGAAACGCUUGUUGUUCUCGAUCCCUCCUUUUUAAAACACUAUGGAAUGGAGCAAGCAACAUCGUAUACCUUGGUUUUGAUGAACAUGGUUGCUCGAACCUUCACACACAAGUCCUUGAGCAUUCCAAUUUUAGUUGUGUUGUCUAACAUUAUCCCUAUGAAAGAGAAGCCGGAAUAUUACAAAAUUGAACCAAAUAGGCCGGAAAUCAGCGUUUCUUCAGCUUGUAGAUAUGCUCGUGAGAAUGCUGACAAUGCAUCAGUUGAUUUCUCCCUCAUUUUAACCAGAGAAAAUAUUGGACCUGCAGGAUAUGCAUCCAUGUACACGAUGUGUACAAAGAGAAGUUGUGCCUUAGUCAGAGAUUCUGGGCCAGAUACUGCUUUUGUAAUUGCACACGAAAUUGGUCAUGCUCUUGGGAUUGGGCAUGACGAGGACAACGGUUGCGUGAGAGCUAGCUCAGGCGGAAGUAACAUAAUGGUGAAAAGAAUAUAUAGUACCAGCUCUAAUUAUCAGUGGUCUUCAUGCAGUAAAAGAAUGCUGAGACAAAACCUAAGGUACUUUCGUUGCAUCAAGAACGUACCAGUUUUGUUGCCAGUUUUUAAACACAAUAUGAAUUACCUUCCUGGAGAGUCACUAAAUCUAACUGCUCAAUGUAAAAGUUACCGUGGUAAAGAUGCAUUACCAUGCACGCUGAGGUUGUCAACGCGCUGCAAGUAUCUAUGGUGCCGCAAGAAUCGUAUUUCUCAUUGUGAACCAGUUUGGUGGCAUGCACCUUUAGAGGGCACGUCUUGUGCCGUUAACCGGUGGUGUCUUCGCGGGCAGUGCCUGAAAAAGGUCAAAAGAGUCCUGGUGCAUGGAAAUUGGUCAAACUGGUCAUCCUUUGAACCCCCGUGUGAAAGUCAUCGACGCAUGUGGUUGAUUCAACGAAGAAAUAGAACAUGCGAUAAUCCUAAGCCGCAAGGGGGAGGACAAGAAUGCUCUGGAAUAUCUAAAGAAUAUAGAAUUGUACUUCCUGCAGAUGACAAGACGUGUAAAAUAUAUUCCCUGACAGAGUUGAUUAUGAACAAAUGGAUUGAUACAAAGUCACUCGCUUCGAUGGGGUGUCAAAAAUCAAGGCAUCGCAAUAAAACAUGGAUUAGCUACUCGAGGGAAAUGCAACAGAAGCACAUUUCUUCUCUUAACUUAACAUGCAAUUUUGAAUCAACAAAUUGUGGUUGGAAGAGUUCAAAAGUGGGCGCAAUUCCAUGGAUUUUUGGACGCGGAAAAUCGCCAUCAAUGUAUACCGGACCAGAAUAUGAUCAUACGUUCAAAAAUAUGUCCGGUCAUUAUUUAUAUUUUGAAACAUCUGGACUAGGGGACGGCAGGAGGCUACGCAAGGGAAGCACUGUUGUUUUAGAAUCACCUAUGAUAUUAGCUUCAUCACUUUGCCUUGAAUUUGCAUACCACAUGUUUGGCAGAGAUAUUGGUGCGUUGAAUGUAUUCAUUCGAAAUGGCAAACACAAAAGGAAAGUAUGGUACAAGACAGGACCACAAGGUCAAAGUUGGCAGAAAGCUAAAAUUGAUUUAAAAGUGAAUAUUGAAUACAAGAUAACAAUUGAAGCUGUGCGUGGUCGGUCGUACUAUAGUGACAUUGCAAUUGAUGAUUUAUCUUUAUCGUUUGGUUUGUGUGGUCAAAACCAAGGGGUGAAAGAAUGUCAUUCUGUUUGUAUUGAUACGAAUUCCAAACAAAUGCAUGUUGCUCAAACGGUGGAUGGUACGCCGUGCAAGCUGGCUUCAUCUAUUGAUAGUGUGUGUUUUAAUAGGACCUGUCAGCCUGUAAAUUGCCGAGGGAUAAUUGGAAAAUCAGAUUGUUGAAGAUUGGACAAUUUUAAUACCUUCAACAAUUAAAGAUACAGGAAACGUAAAAGAUAGCGGCACAUAAGGACACGAAAAAACAUGCUGUUGAAAAUUGUAUUUUUAACUGGAAAUUAAAUAUAAAUUAUAUUACCAUUGAA